AUGUCCCUCGGAAGUGGCCUCAAACAAGCUACUCACAUGGCACUUAUCUCCGAGCAGGAGCUUUCGCCGCAAUUGGGCUUCGAAAUCCGCCUGCGAUACCUGAUUGGGUGUCCUCUCAUCCCCAGUGGUAGCUGUUGGGACGAUUGCCUACGCCAUUGGAAUCGUGACAGAGUUGCUUUCCGAAUUACAGCGACAAAAUUCAAAAAGGAUCCCGUCAAUAAGGGGAAGCCAUACGGUUGUGGUUUGCUCUCCCUGGCUACCAAAAUCAACUAUGGUGCCUAUACCUUGUGGCGUGGUGCAUUCGCCUUGACAAGUGGAGGCUGUGCUUGGGGUCUCUUCUCCUUUGCUUUCUUCUUUCACCAUUUUGCAACUCGUGGUGUGCCGGUUCUUGACGAAUAUUGCACGAAUAAGUAUGGAAAGGCUUGGUCCAAAAUCAAAUCCCGCGUCCGUUACCAACUCUUACCGUGGAUUUACUAG